UGCCCCAGUCAAAAUCGUCUGUCCUCGGUUGCAACACUCUACCGAAGCAACGUCCGCACAAAAACUGUUCAUGAAAUGGGUCUCCAUGGCCAAGCAGCCGCAGACAAGCCUUAGAUCACCAUGUGCAAUGCCAAGCGUUGGCUGGAGUAGUGUAAAGCUCGCCACCAUUGGACUGGAGCAGUGGAAACUCGUUCACUGGAGUGAGGAAUCACGCUUCGCCGUUUGGCAGAUGCCAGGAGAGCGCUACCUUCCUGAUUGAGAUGUCAGAGGAUUUGUUGAAACAGUUGGGCAGCUACAAAGCACAGUUGCAACAAGUGGAAGCCGCCUUGUCAACCGACCCUGAAAAUGAAGACCUUCUCAAAUUACAGAAAGACUUAUCGGAAGUCAUAGACUUAACAAAAGACCUCCUGACGUCGCAGCCCUCCGAAGGUACUGCUACUGCCAACAGCUCAGAUGCAGCCCCCCUGAAACAUAGGUGGAGCGUUGGGGACAGGUGUAUGACUGUGUGGAGUCAGGAUGGACAGGUGUAUGAAGCUGAGAUUGAGGAGAUAGACGGCGAGAAUGGCACGGCGGCCAUCACCUUCUCCGGCUACGGGAACGCAGAGGUGGUGCCACUGCAGAACCUCAAGCCUGCCGAGGAGGGCAAGCACUCUGAGGAUGACGGGAAAUCCAAGUCCAGGAAGGAGCAGAUAGCAGACCAGAGGGAGUACAAGAAGAAGAAGGCCCAGAAGAAGGUGCUGAGGAUGAAGGAACUGGAACAGGAGCGAGAAGACCAGAAAUCCAAGUGGCAGAGUUUUAACAACAAGGCCUAUAACAAGAACAAGAAAGGACAGGUGAAGAGGAGUAUAUUUGCAUCGCCGGAGAGUGUAAACGGCAAGGUGGGAGUAGGAACAUGUGGCAUAGCAGACAAACCUAUGACCACGUAUCACGACACAUCCAAAUAUAACGUCAGGCAUCUAAUGCCACAGUGACCUAACAUUUUAUCUUUGUGUAAAAGUAUCCUAUUGUAUAGUAGCAAGAUCAUUGCUUACCUUUGUUUAUAUGGUUUGGGUUACCGCAGUAAAGGAGCUUUGAAACAAAUUGCUUGCUCACCAUUGGUUGCCUCAUUGGGAAAUUGUCCUUACCAGUAUUAUCACAUAGAACAGCAGAAUUCUUAAUAAAAUAAAUAACCACUGUAAUGGAGUUGCAGCACAAAUAAUGGUUGUGGUGAAAUUAGUCUGGGUUGCUGUUUUCCCCCAUGUUUUCAAUGUUACACAUUUUUCAGGUUGAACUAGACUAUAAUAUACAUUUUUACGAUUUAGUGAUAAGACCCUUUUUAAAGCGAGUCAUAUAAAGCUAAUUUUACAUCUCACUUUUGUACAUUUAUAGGGAAACAAAUGUUUUUUUGUUUAGAGUUAAGAUGUUACUCUCAUUUUUCUCUGAACCCUGAAUUUUUCAUAUUGGUACUGAAUGUUGUUUAACACAGUUCCUCCAGAUGGCAGUAAUGUAUUUUAUACCGUCUUUGUUCUGUGAUGUAUGUCAAUGACCUUAUGCCACUGCUGGUGAUAUAAGCUUUUUAAAAAAUAAAAUACAAUCAGGGAUGAGUUGUGGAUUCUCCUAUUAAACCUUCAUGUUUGA